CUCCACCCCCGGAAGCACGUUGAAAGAACUUCCGGUCCUUCCUAAAGUGCCCUCUCCAAGAGACCAAAUUGGUUCCAAGCAAAAUUAUUUCCCCCUUUUUCCCCUUAAAGGGGGGGGAGAAAGGAACAGGAGUGUGAAUUGUUGUGACAUCCAAUGAAGUGAACAAGAGGGCUGGAUUUGGUGUCUAUGUCCACUGAAAUUUUAGACCACUUAAAGAAUAACCCAUAGAAGAGGCAAGCCUGAUGUGAGCAAGAAAACUAAGUAUGCCAUUUGAUCUUUACUUGCUUCAGAAUCCUCCGGAUGCAAUUCCUUAACUGACGGGAAAUUUCUGCCACUAUGGCAGAGUCCCAAGAGAUGAUGGAGCUGCAGCGAGAGGUGAUGGAGGAACUGGGGAUCUCCUUGGAGGAUCUCAAGCAGCUAAUCGACGAGGAGCUAGAGAAGUCAGAGUGCAUCAGGCAGCGGAAGCAGGAGCUGGAGCGACUGGAGGAGUGUGUGAAGCAGAAGGAAGCUGAAGUAGCCCAUGUGGACCAGCUCCUUGACAGUGCUGUGAAGGCCGUGGACAAAUGUGAAGUGCUGGUGAAGGACAUCUACACGAACUUGGGCCUGGAGUACCGAGAGGCUGACUCAGAGGACGAUGAUGCCGCCUCCAGGCCUAUGGAAGUGAUCGAGAUCCCCGAUGAGGACGACGAGGAUGUCAUGAGCGUAGAUUCAGCAGAUGCAAGUAACAAAAUUGCAAAGGACCAGUCUUUGCUUCGAGAAGCCAUGGCCGCCAUGAGAAAGUCCGCUCAGGACGUUCAGAAGUUCAUGGAUGCGGUGAACAAAAAGUCCGGCAGCCUGGACUCUCAAAGAGGAUCCCAACAACUGAGCCCCGGGUGCGAGCUCACCCACGAUGGUGACCUGUCGGUCGGAGACCGCGUCCUGGGCAAGAAGCGCACCAAGACAUGGCACAAGGGCACGCUCAUCGCCAUCCAGACCGUGGGUCCUGGGAAGAAAUACAAAGUGAAGUUCGACAACAAAGGGAAGAGUCUGCUGUCGGGAAACCACAUCGCCUACGACUACCACCCUCUGGCUGAGACACUGCAUGUCGGGAGCCGGGUGGUGGCCAAGUAUAAGGACGGCAACCAGAUGUGGCUCUACGCCGGGAUCGUGGCCGAGACGCCCAACGUCAAGAACAAGCUGAGGUUCCUUAUCUUUUUUGAUGACGGUUAUGCCUCCUACGUUGUCCAGCCGGAGCUCUACCUGAUCUGCCGGCCUCUCAAGAAGUCCUGGGAGGACAUAGAAGACAUCUCGUGUCGGGAUUUUAUCGAAGAGUACGUCACGGCGUACCCGAACCGGCCGAUGGUCUUGCUCAAGAGCGGCCAGCUGAUCAAAACUGAGUGGGAGGGGACGUGGUGGAAGUCCCGCGUGGAGGAAGUGGAUGGAAGCCUGGUCAAAAUCCUCUUCCUGGUAGGAACCGCUCAGGAUGACAAGCGCUGUGAAUGGAUCUACAGAGGUUCCACUCGCCUGGAGCCAAUGUUCAGCAUGAAGACUUCGACCGCCUCCACCCAGGAGAAGAAGCAGGGUGGGCAAAUGAGGACCCGCCCUAACGUUGGGGCCGUCCGGAGCAAAGGACCGGUGGUCCAGUACACUCACGACUUAACCGGGCCCAGCCAACAGUUCAAGCCUGUUGAACAGCCGCAGAUGCCUGUAGUGAUGUCCCAGCCGGUUUCCCCACAGUUUGUGGAAGUGGACAGUAGUCCCGAGAGCCAACUCGCUCAAGCCAGGAAGCAGCAGGUGGCGAAGAAGAGCACUUCGUUUUUGCGCCCUGGAUCAGUUGGGUCAGGGCCGCCUUCCCCGACUUCCCCCAUUCUGAGCGAGGCGCCUCCUGUCGGGAGGACGGGGGUGACCCAACAGUUCCGGUUCUCGGGCGCCCAGUCCUCUAGCGGCCCCGUCCAGCCGUUCUACGGUAUGCUGGACCGCAUGCCCAGCGACCCCUCCUACCGGGCCCCCGUGGAGAAGCUCUUCUACCUGCCCCACGUCUGCAGCGCCACCUGCCUGUCUCGGGUACGCCCACGGCGGGCCGACCAGUACCGCAGCAAGAACCCCCUCCUCAUCCCGCUCCUCUACGACUUCCGCCGCAUGACCGGCCGCCGCCGCAUCAACCGCAAGACGGGCUUCCACGUCAUCUACAAGACGCCAUGCGGCCUCUGCCUGCGCAGCAUGGGCGAGAUCGAGCGCUACCUCUUUGAGACGGACUGCGAUUUCCUCUUCCUGGAGAUGUUCUGCCUGGACCCUUACGUCCACGUGGACCGCAAGUUCCAGCCUUACAAGCCUUUCUACUACAUCACCGACAUCACCAAGGGCAAGGAGGACGUCCCCCUCUCCUGCGUCAACGAGAUCGACAACACCCCACCGCCCCAGGUGGCCUACAGCAAGGAGCGCAUCCCCGGCAAAGGGGUCUACAUCAACACCAGCUGGGAGUUCCUGGUGGGCUGCGACUGCGAGGACGGCUGCAGGGACAAAUCUAAAUGCGCUUGCCACCAGCUGACGACCCAGGCGACGGCCUGCACCCCUGGGGGCCAGAUUAACCCAAAUUCUGGAUACCAACACAAGAGGUUGGAAGAGUGUCUUCCCACGGGAGUCUACGAGUGCAACAAACGCUGCAGAUGCAACUUGAACAUGUGCACCAACCGCCUGGUGCAACACGGCCUGCAAGUGCGCCUGCAGCUCUUCAAGACGCAGAACAAAGGCUGGGGCAUCCGCUGCCUGGAUGACAUCGCCAAGGGCUCGUUCGUCUGCAUCUAUGCAGGGAAAAUCCUGACGGACGAUUUUGCCGACAAGGAGGGCUUGGAGAUGGGCGACGAGUACUUUGCCAACCUGGACCACAUCGAGAGCGUGGAGAACUCCAAAGAGGGCUACGAGAGCGAAGCCAAGUGCUCCUCAGACAGCAGCGGUGUCAACCUGAAGGACGACGAGGAUGAGAAUUCCGGCUCGGAGGAGCCGGAGGAGUCCAACGAGGACAGCUCGGAUGACAACUUCUGCAAGGACGAGGACUUCAGCACCAGCUCGGUCUGGCGGAGCUACGCCACCCGCCGCCAGACGCGGGGCCAGCGGGAGAACGGCCUCUCUGAGACGGCCUCAAAGGACUCCGGCCUGGUGCGGCAGGUCAGCCACGAGGAGGUGCCCCCUUGCAAGCCUCCCCUCUCGGAAGAGACCUCCAAGAACAAGGUGGCCUCCUGGCUGAGCUCCAACACCAUGGCCUCCGGGUUCCAGGACAGCGACAGCCGGUCCUCCUUCCGGAUGCACGAGGCCGGCGAGGCGAAGCCGCCAAAGGCCGAACUCCCAAACAGCGAGAAGAUUGUGGCGGUCAGGCUGGCCGGUAAGGAGGAGUUUGGCCUGGAGGCAAAGAAGAAAGAGGAACCUGAAGACCACGGCAAAUCUAUAUUGGUGUCCAACCUAGGAAGGUUGUAUGGCUACAAUCCAAACCCACCGUUACCCGAAGGAGUCCGGAGGCCUCUCAGCAAGACGGCCAUGCUUCAGAACCGGCGGCAGACAGAGCCCCACCAGGGGCCCGCAGAUGAUGUGCUUAUGCUCUCCAGCAGCACCGAGAGCGAGGGAGACAAUGGGCGGGUGACCUCCGGGCAAGCGCAAGGCAACGCCAACGACAGCGACGACAUCCAGACCAUUUCUUCUGGGUCAGAAGAAGAGCCAGGGGCGGACGGGAAGAAGAACCCGUCUUCUGGUCUGGGACCAGUGAAACGGCAAGUGGCUGUGAAGUCCACCCGCGGCUUCGCCUUGAAGUCCACUCACGGCAUCGCCAUCAAGUCGACCAACCUGGCAUCGGGAGAGAACGUGCUUGUCCGGAGGAAUACGCGGCAAUUCUAUGACGGGGAGGAAUCCUGCUACAUCAUCGAUGCCAAGCUGGAAGGCAACCUGGGCCGCUACCUCAACCAUAGCUGCAGUCCUAAUCUCUUCGUGCAGAACGUCUUCGUAGACACCCACGAUCUUCGCUUCCCCUGGGUGGCCUUCUUUGCAAGCAAGAGAAUCCGAGCUGGGACCGAAUUGACGUGGGACUACAAUUAUGAAGUCGGCAGCGUGGAAGGCAAGGAACUCCUGUGCUGCUGUGGAGCCAUCGAGUGCCGAGGGCGCUUGUUGUAAGACUUUUCUCUCUCCCCUUGCCCGUUUUUUAAUUUGGCCCAGGGAUCUCUUUUCUUCAGAGGAAAAAGAGCCACAGACGAGAACACUCCCUCUGGCCACCGGACCCCCUUCCCCUCCACGCACACGUCUCAUUUGCAUUUCCAUGGCGGCCAGCCAUUUCCCCCUUUCUGACCUUGUCAUCGUCUGUUAGCUGCUGUAGAGCAAGAUGUCUGUGUUUUGUAAAGGACUCUUUCUUUCUUUGUUGUAAAGCAAUAAAAUAACCAUGUUUACUCUCAA